AUGUUUCCUCCUUGCAGGAACGCCCUGCCAGCAGGCGUGUUUCUCCUAUUAGCAUCGUCCUGGGCACCUCUUGCCAGUGCUUUGGACAUUGAAUACUGCGCCAGCUUCAAUACUGGCUCAACCCCCAAGAACUCGAGCAUCUAUCAAACGAAUGGUCUCUGCCAUGACUUUUGCAUCGACGAUUACGCCUUCGCCAUUACGCAGGACAAGCUGUGCUGGUGCUCAAAUUACGUCCCCUCCAAAUCGACGCAGGAGGAUACAUCAAAAUGCGACAUCCCCUGUCCAGCCUGGCCCUCCGAGAACUGCGGUGGAGAUGGCCUAUACGGUUAUGUGUCUCUAGGCAACGUCCUGCCUUCUGGCACACAGGGGCCUUCGUCCUCAUCAUCAAAGACCACAACGGAAUCGGAAGAAGAAACCUCGACUUCCACCGAAGAGGAAUCAACCUCGACAACUACUGAGGAGCCUACGUCUCUAGUGCAGACAGUCACUGCUGGAGGAACUGUCAAGACUGUCACAGUUGCCCCAACACAGUCGACCACCGCCGGUGUCUCGGCAAAUGAAAGCGCGAAUGAAAAGUCACAGAAGAGUGGUCUCAGUACAGGCCAGGUUGUCGGCAUCGUCGUGGGCGUUAUUAUCGCCGUCCUGGGUCUCGCGGCUCUUGUACUGUUCAUUUGGUUCCGCCGCAAGAAGCAGCAGAAUGAGCAGGAGGCCUUCCAUGAUGACCCAAGCAUCCGAGAUAGCUCCUCGGGCAUUGCUCAGCGACCUGAUAUGAGCAUGGCGGCCGGCUCACCUGUGUCGGCAGCUGGGGCUAGCAACCGCAACAGCACGUUGCAGGUUGACCCACGAAUGGACCCGUUCAAGCAAGGACUGUACGUCCGCAGCGCUAGCCACGAAAGCAUCAACACGCUCCGGGAUGACCACGAUUACUCGAGGAGGAUUCAGGCACCCAAGGUGCUCCGUGCAACCAACCCAGAUCCCACUCCCGGAACUUGA